GUCCAGAUAAUAUUUUUAAUUUACUUCAGUUCUUGUGUUUUGACUUUUGGAAUCACAUGUUUUGUUUAUUUUUUUUUUGUGAAUUGUGUUUUUUAUAAUUUUUUACUAAAUCUGAAAAAAAUAUUUCUUUGACGUCCUAAAAGAACAUUUUUUUAUCAUUUUUGACUUUUUUUGUACCUUUAUGUCUUAUUUUUUACUCAAAAAAUGGAUAAACUGAAGUCUGAUUCAGCUUCUGACGCUUCAAAAAUGAAUCUUUUGGGCUUAGAUGAUGAUUGUUUGCUGGAAAUCCUUGAAAACUUCGACCUGUUUCAGUUGCUGAAUUUUCGUGGAAUUUGUGCCCGUUUUGAUAAUUUGAUCAACAAGUGUCGUUUUAAAUUUGUGAAUUUUAAUUCGAAGAUUUUAUCUGGAAAUUCUGGCAUUGAUUGUGAAAUUUUUGAAUUUUUGGGUCCAGUUAUUAAGAAACUUUCUUUGGAUCGAGGACAUUUUACUGAAGAAAUUGACAAUUUGCUGUUACUUGAAAAAAUCAUCAAAUUUUGUGAGAAUUUGGAAUCCUUGAUGUUUCUAAAUUUCGACCUGAGUUCCAAAAGUGUUCAAGAAAAAUUCAGGAAAAUUGUUGAAAAAUUAAAAUUCAUCAGUUUUUGUAAUUGCAUCUUUAAAGACGACUUCGGUGAAAGUUUUUCAGAAGCAACGACACUAAAGGAGCUUUCAAUCGAAGAAAAUCAUCAAAUUACUUCAAAAUUUUUCGAAAAAUUAUCCAAUUUGACAUCUUUGAGCAUUGUGAACUGCUCGAAAAUCAAGUCUAAAUCACUCAAAAUGAUCCUGAAAAAAAAAUUAACUUUAAAAAAAUUAAAAAUUUGCUCCCACAAACCGAUUUUGGAUCGAACUUCAAUAGAAUUCAUCGUCACUAAUGCCGAAAAUCUCGAAGAACUGACUACAACUGCUAAUAAAAUUGAUUUACUUCGUCUCGUUGACAUUCCAAAUCUGAAAAAACUCUCAAUAAUAAGUGUUGGUUCCAAAAUUAACAAAGUUACAUCAUUACUGGAAAAAUUAACUAAAAAAAAUUCAAUUGAAGACCUUCAAAUCGACUUUUUACACUUGUUGCAUAUGCAAUUGGCAUCAAAACUGACAAAUUUGAAAAAACUUAAAUUUCAUUACUGGUACGGAUUCACUGGAGACGAUUUAGAACGAACAUUUUCCGAAGACGAUUGGUUGUCAGCAAAUGAUUUUUUCACAAUGAUCCGUUUUUUGACAAAACUUGAACAACUAGUCGUCUCCACACAUUUUAUUGACAUUGGAUUUCUUGAAAAGUUGGAAAUUUUUCUAAUGCAAACAGGCGAUAAUAGACCAAAAAUUGAAAUUUCGUUCAAAAAAGUCAUGAACAACAAGUCGGACGAGACGCUCUAUGAUUUGCUGGAUUAUUUGAAUGGAAUAAAAAAUUUUAAAAUUUCUGGAAUUGAAAGUCCUGAGGAUAUUUACCACGUUCAUCGUUAUUUGUGUUAUCAUAAAAAUAAUAAAAUUUACUAUGCGCCGUAUUAUGAAGCAGGAUAUCCAGAAAAUAGUUCAGAAAAUUCUUACAUUUCAAAAGUUUAAUUUUUCGAAGUGACAAUUUUUAUUAAAUUUGUGUUGAAAAUAUUUUUAAAAAAUUUAAAAAAUAAAAAAAAAAUUUUAGUGA